GAGCGCGGCGCGGCGCGGCUCGGCACGCCGUCCCGCCCCACCUCCGCGCAUGGCGACAGACCCGCCGCCGACGGGGAGCAGCCCGCGCGCACCGAGCCGCCGAGCCGCCGCCGGGUUAUGUUCCACCUGUAUGUGUACUUUAUUUGGCCUCCUGUGAAAGCGGCAGCAAGCAAAUGCUCUGAACAGAACCCAAACCAACAAUGGCCUGUCUUACAAUGACAAACAUGGAAGGCACAGCCACUUCUACUAUCCACCAAAACGGUGACAUCCUUGGGAAUACCAGUGCACCCAAGCAGACUGAACCAUUGCUUCAAGUGCGCCUUUAUCAUUCCCCUGGGAAGACAGGAGACGAUUACCUGCAAUUUCCAGCUGGAGAAUAUGUUGCAGAAGAGAUCUGUGCCGUUGCUUGUAAAGCUUGUGGUAUCAUGCCAGUGUAUCAUAACAUGUUCGCACUCAUGAGUAAAACAGAGAGAAUUUGGUAUCCCCCAAAUCACAUCUUCCAUGUGGAUGAAACAACUAGAUUCACUCUACUUUACCGAAUAAGGUUUUAUUUUCCCCACUGGUAUUGCAAUGGCACAAGCAGAGCAUAUCGGUAUGGCAUUCUUCGGGGUGCAGAAAGCCCUGUUCUUGAUGAUAUUGUCAUGUCUUACCUAUUUGCACAGUGGCGAGAUGAUUUUUUGAAUGGAUGGAUACAAAUGCCCGUUACUCAUGAAACGCAAGAGGAAUGCCUUGGGAUGGCUGUUCUGGAUAUGAUGAGAGUAGCCAAAGAAAAGGACCAAACCCCACUGGCUAUUUACAAUUCAGUCAGCUACAAAACAUUUUUGCCUAAAUGUGUUCGAGCAAAAAUUCAAGACUACCACAUUUUGACACGAAAGAGAAUAAGGUACAGGUUCCGCAAAUUUAUACAACAGUUUGGCCAAUGCAAAGCUACUGCCAGAAACUUGAAACUUAAGUAUCUUAUAAAUCUGGAAACCCUUCAGUCUGCCUUCUAUUCAGAGGUUUUUGAAGUAAAAGAGCCUGGUGGAGAUCCUUCUGGAGAGGAGAGUUUUGCAACCAUUGUAAUAACUGGAAAUGGUGGAAUUCAGUGCUCAAGAGGAAAACUUAAGGACUGUGAGACACUGGCAGAACAGGAUUUACAAACAUACUGUGAUUUUCCUGAUAUCAUUGAUGUCAGCAUCAAGCAAGCAAGCCAGGAAGGUUCUAGUGAGAGAAGAAUUGUCACCAUUCACAAGCAAGACAGCAAGAAUCUGGAGGCUGAAUUUCAGUCAUUAAGGGAAGCACUCUCCUUUGUAUCAUUAAUUGAUGGAUAUUACAGAUUAACUGCAGAUGCCCACCAUUAUCUCUGUAAAGAAGUAGCACCACCAUCAGUGCUUGAAAAUAUCCAAAGCAACUGCCAUGGGCCAAUUUUCAUGGACUUUGCUAUUAGUAAACUGAAGAAAGCAGGUAAUCAGACUGGCUUCUAUGUUCUUCGUUGCAGUCCUAAAGAUUUUAAAAAGUAUUUCCUCACCUUUGCUAUAGAGCGUGAAAAUGCCACGGAUUAUAAGCACUGCUUAAUUACAAAAAAUGAGAACGGAGAGUAUAAUCUUAGUGGAACCAAAAGAAGUUUUGGUAAUCUUAAGGAUCUGUUGACCUGUUACCAGACAGAAACUGUCCGUUCGGACAGCAUAAUUUUCCAGUUUAUCAAAUGCUGUCCUCCAAAACCAAAAGAUAAAUCAAAUCUCCUAGUUUUCAGAAGCAAUAGUGUUUCUGAUGUACCUUCAUCACCUACGCUACAGAGACACAAUAAUGUCAACCAGAUGGUCUUUCACAAAAUCCGGAAUGAGGACUUGAUAUUUGAAGAAAGUCUUGGACAGGGCACAUUUACUAAGAUUUUCAAAGGUAUAAGAAAAGAAGUGGGAGACUAUGGACAGCUCCAUCAGACUGAAGUUCUUUUAAAGGUUCUGGAUAAAGUACACAGAAACUACUCUGAGUCCUUCUUUGAGGCAGCAAGUAUGAUGAGCCAGCUUUCUUACAAGCAUUUAGUAUUAAAUUAUGGAGUCUGUGUUUGUGGAGAAGAAAAUAUCCUCGUACAGGAAUAUGUAAAAUUUGGAUCCUUGGACACAUAUUUGAAAAAGAAUAAAAAUGCUAUCACUAUCUUGUGGAAGUUGGAAGUAGCUAAACAGCUGGCAUUAGCCAUGCAUUUUCUGGAGGAUAAAGGCCUUGUUCAUGGGAAUGUUUGUGCAAAAAACAUCUUGCUUAUCAGAGAAGAAGACAGGAAGUCUGGAAACCUUCCUUUUAUAAAACUUAGUGAUCCUGGCAUCAGUAUCACAGUUUUACCAAAAGACAUUCUUCUUGAGAGAAUACCGUGGGUUCCACCUGAAUGUAUUGAGAACCCUAAACAAUUAAACCUGGCCACAGACAAAUGGAGCUUUGGCACUACAUUGUGGGAAAUCUGCAGUGGGGGAGACAAGCCUCUGAGUGCACUGGAUUCUCCAAGGAAACUACAGUUUUAUGAAGACAGACACCAGCUUCCUGCCCCUAACUGGACAGAACUAGCAAACCUUAUAAACAACUGCAUGGAUUAUGAGCCAGAUUUCCGGCCUUCAUUUAGAGCCAUUAUACGUGACUUGAAUAGUUUGUUCACUCCAGAUUACGAGCUAUUGACAGAAAAUGAUAUGUUGCCAAACAUGAGAAUUGGUACUCUUGGAUUUUCUGGGGCAUUUGAAGAUCGGGACCCAACACAAUUUGAAGAAAGACAUCUUAAGUUUUUGCAGCAACUUGGCAAGGGAAAUUUUGGCAGUGUUGAGAUGUGCAGGUAUGACCCCCUACAAGAUAAUACUGGAGAGGUGGUGGCUGUGAAAAAGCUGCAACAUAGCACAGAAGAGCACCUUAGAGACUUUGAAAGGGAAAUUGAAAUCCUGAAAUCUCUGCAGCAUGAUAACAUUGUUAAAUACAAAGGAGUGUGCUACAGUGCUGGUCGUAGGAAUCUGAGACUAAUUAUGGAAUAUUUACCAUAUGGAAGUUUACGAGAUUAUCUGCAGAAACACAAAGAGAGACUGGAUCACAAGAAGCUUUUGUUGUAUGCCUCUCAGAUAUGCAAGGGCAUGGAGUAUCUGGGUACAAAAAGGUAUGUUCACCGGGAUUUAGCAACCAGGAAUAUCUUAGUGGAGAAUGAGAACAGAGUUAAAAUUGGAGAUUUUGGUUUGACGAAAGUCUUGCCACAGGACAAAGAAUAUUACAAAGUGAAAGAGCCUGGAGAAAGCCCUAUAUUUUGGUAUGCUCCAGAAUCUCUGACAGAGAGCAAAUUUUCUGUGGCCUCAGAUGUGUGGAGUUUUGGUGUGGUUCUGUAUGAACUCUUCACUUAUAUUGAAAAGAGUAAAAGCCCACCAGCAGAGUUCAUGCGCAUGAUUGGCAACGAUAAGCAAGGGCAGAUGAUUGUAUUUCAUUUGAUUGAGCUUUUGAAGAACAAUGGACGACUGCCAAGGCCAGACGGAUGCCCUGAUGAGAUUUAUGCUAUCAUGAAAGAAUGCUGGAACAAUAAUGUUACGCAGCGCCCCACCUUUAGGGAUCUUGCUCAGCGAGUGGAUCACAUAAGGGACAACAUGGGUGGAUGAGAAAACUGUGCCUCAUUCAGAGAAUAUGUUGGAAUGCAAAACAAUGUAUUUGAUCUGCUGUGUAUAGUUGACAAAUGUACACACAUGCGUCUGUCUCUGCUGAAAGUAAAAUCUGGGUGGCAAAUAUCCUAUCUGAAUCUGCAAACUGAGGAAUUUUGCUGGUUUUCUUUAUCAGGAUAUAUUUGUUACUAUGAGAAAAUGUUGUUGAAAUUCUCAAUAGGGAGAAAAAUUAUUUUUCUAAAUAAAAUAAUAUAUUAUAUGGUCAGUCAGCAACACCAUUGUUUGCCUUACUCGGCAAUGCAAAAAAAGGGUGGCUAACAAAUAGGGUGAGAUUUUUUUUUUGAGAUGAAAAGACAGUGCAUUUCCUUGUUGAAAUGGAGAUGCACUGAACAUAUUUCUAGUCACACUGAACGUAUAGUGACUUGGCACCCUGUUUUGUGUGUUGCAUAAGGGCUUGUGUUUGUUAAUAGUUUUAUAACUUUUCAUUGUUGAUGCAGAAAUGCUUCUCUGUAUAACAAAGUGAAAGUGAUUGUGUAACUUGGCAAUUUUUAAUAUGCCUGCCUGAAUCAGUUAUUGGCCAGCAAUAUAUGCAAAAGAUAAUAGGCUCAGUGUUGUUCUGUAAGGAUUUUGAGGGAAAGGGAGCAAACUGUUGUUAAUUUGGAGAGCCAGAAAACCUCUUUAUCCAUGUGAAAACUUUAAUUUAAAAUGAUGUUUAAAAUGAAAAAGCAAAAACGUUGCCCACUUUUUUUACUCUUCUGUUCUCAUCUUGUGUAAAUACUAGGGGUUCCCUUUACGUAUUUGAAGAAACAGAGAUAACAAGUAGCAUAGAAGCCACUUUCCCCAAGGCAGUGUCUUCAGUUGAUCUCUGAACAUGAAAAAGCUAAACAUACUGCUGACCCUUCAAAAUGCUGCUCUUUUAUUCUUCCCAUGUUUGUAAUUUCAUGCAGUGGUAAAUGUAUCUAUAAAUCAGAAACAUUUUUAUGCAGAAUUAAAAAUACAGAAAAUGCCUUUUAUUUCCCAGUUCCUCGGUUCACUGCUAAGAUGAUCGCCUUAUACCUUCCUUCAGCAACCUGAACAGACUGCUUGUGGCCAGUUACAACCAUGCCAAAGCUAUUCUUUCAUAAACUGGCCCAAGGUUGUCUCCUGUUUCUGUGGUAAAACUCAAGAGUAAGAUUAUUUGGAAAGAAGAAAUAUAAAAUGCAAUUGCUCUACACUCAGCUAAGGGCAAGGACAUUAUCCCAGAUACUGAGAACUUGAAGGAGGUCAGAGCUAUGUAAAUAGAUAAGUUACAGGAUGUAAUUCAGCCUUUUGAAAAAAGUAUAGCAAGAAUUCAUGAGGAAGACAAUCUUUGGUUUUGCUUACAAGCAUAAAACGUGAGAAAUAGUCACUCAUCUCAGAGCACUAUACCAAAGUUUAUAGUGCUUUUUUUAGUUCAAAUCAUCAGAUUUUUACCUGCUCUUAAAAUGUGAUUACUUGCAAAGUGCAGUGCUUGUCCUUCUUGAAUUUUUGCUGAGGAAGGGGCUACACACCUUGAAAAAAUUGUUUUGAUGACAUCGACAUUUGUAUUUAACCUUUUUUUAAAUUCACAGCAGUGAGUCUGUGACACAGAGCAGUUAAUCACAAUCUUAAGGAGGCCCCAUGGUGAAAUAAUUACACUCAUCUUAUCUCAAGUUUAAUUACCUCAAUUUAAAAAAAAAUUUCAUAUCCAGCAAAACGUAGUGCCAGUAUAGCAGUGUUUUGUACCACUAUGAUGUUUCUCUCCCACAGUUACUCAUACAAAACUAUGAUUUAAAAUAUGGGAGAUUGCCAAGUAGGGAGGGCAGCAUCAGCUCCCUUUCUGGCUGUUGCAUUCAGUAAAACUUUUAUUGGUUUUCUUGUCACCAAACACUUGCACAGAUAAUUUUUAAAAGUAGUUUCAUGAUCAGUUUUUAAGCUGCAAAGAACUUUAAAGUGCUUUGUUCAAAAUAACAUCUGUUUUAUCUAUUUCUAUACAUUGCUUUGAAGAUUUAAAAUUCUGUGCAAGAAACAUUUUUGCAUUUGUAGUCUCAACUGUGUGUAUGUAUUUUUUGUAACAAAAGAAAAUAUAGCUUUAAAGCAUUAAACAGCAUUUUAGCUGGGAUAACAUAUGCAGGAACUGUGUAAAUUUUGCAGUGUAUGACACUCAUUAGCAAACUGGUUUCCGAUAUAUAGUAGACUCAAACAUAAUUUAUGUAAAAAUCUCAGGGAAGUUUAUGUAAUGCAAUGAAGAGAUCUUCCAGUCUGCUGUUUUUUUCAAGUGAAUAAAAAGUCUUUUGCUUCUUGAUCUGUUUGAUUGCAUAAUUAUGAUUUUGAACUCAAAAAGGAAAUGAUUUUUAAGCAUUUUGUGGGUUUAUUUUCCUUUAAUAUUUCAUAAUUUCAGAAAAAGCCAUAACUUUACACCACAGUGUUAUUUUGUGCUGUUGGUCAGGGAUAUAUAGCCUAUUUAACAAGUCUGUGUGUACAAAGGACUUUAUCAUUCAGGUUGAGUAUUCCCAGCUGGGUGAAUAGGAUCAAGGAGUGCUCAGGACUCAGGGGAUGUGUGACACUCUACAGUGUGAACAUUUAAGUCCUAGAGCGAACAGAAUCACAGAUUUCUCACAUACACUGAGAUAUGCACUGUAUGAUGCUAAAUUUUUUACGUUAUAAAAUCUGUGGAUUAAGAAUCAAUUACUUCCUUUAAAAACUUUCUUAAAUUGGCAUUCUGUUUUUCAUAUUUUAGUGUAAUUGAUAUGCUAACCAAAAUGUCAUGAUUUGUUGUGGAAAAAGUACUAUUUUAUGUGUGCAUGACUGCUGCUAUGGUGUAGAAUAAAAUACUUUAAAUGAAA